AUGCGGAUCAAGGAAGCGGGUACCGGUGCCCCUCUCAGCGACCCCCGCUCGCCCCGCCAGGGGGAGCGUUUGUGCCCGACGGCCAGCUGCAGGAACUGGGCAGGCGGCGCAGGGCGGCGGCUCCGCACCACGGCUGCCCUCCCGCGUCCCCACCCCCUCCCUGGCCGCCCGCCCGCCCCCGGCGCGGCCCUGCCCGCCCCCUCCGCCCCCUCCCGCGGCGCCCUGCGCAGACUCAGUUCCUGGAGAAAGAUGGCGACAACCGAGAAGCAGAAACACGACGGGCGAGUGAAGAUCGGCCACUACAUCCUGGGAGACACGCUGGGGGUCGGCACCUUCGGCAAAGUGAAGGUUGGCAAACAUGAAUUGACCGGACAUAAAGUUGCUGUGAAGAUACUCAAUCGACAGAAGAUUCGAAGCCUUGAUGUGGUAGGAAAAAUCCGCAGAGAAAUUCAGAACCUCAAGCUUUUCAGGCAUCCUCAUAUAAUUAAAUUGUACCAGGUCAUCAGUACACCAUCUGAUAUUUUCAUGGUGAUGGAAUAUGUCUCAGGAGGAGAGCUAUUUGAUUAUAUCUGUAAAAAUGGAAGGCUGGAUGAAAAAGAAAGUCGACGACUAUUCCAACAAAUCCUUUCUGGUGUGGAUUAUUGCCAUAGGCAUAUGGUAGUCCAUAGAGAUUUGAAACCUGAAAAUGUCCUGCUUGAUGCACACAUGAAUGCAAAGAUAGCUGAUUUUGGUCUUUCAAACAUGAUGUCAGAUGGUGAAUUUUUAAGAACAAGUUGUGGCUCACCCAACUAUGCUGCACCAGAAGUAAUUUCAGGAAGAUUGUAUGCAGGCCCAGAGGUAGAUAUAUGGAGCAGUGGGGUUAUUCUCUAUGCUUUAUUAUGUGGAACGCUUCCAUUUGAUGAUGAUCAUGUGCCAACUCUUUUUAAGAAGAUAUGUGAUGGGAUCUUUUAUACCCCUCAGUAUUUAAAUCCUUCCGUGAUUAGCCUUUUGAAACAUAUGCUACAGGUGGAUCCCAUGAAGAGGGCCACAAUCAGAGAUAUCAGGGAACAUGAAUGGUUUAAACAGGACCUUCCAAAAUAUCUCUUUCCUGAGGAUCCAUCAUACAGUUCGACCAUGAUUGAUGAUGAAGCCUUAAAAGAAGUAUGUGAAAAAUUUGAAUGCUCAGAAGAGGAGGUUCUCAGCUGCCUUUAUAACAGAAAUCACCAGGACCCUUUGGCAGUUGCCUACCACCUCAUAAUAGAUAACAGGAGAAUAAUGAAUGAAGCCAAAGAUUUCUAUUUGGCAACAAGCCCGCCUGAUUCUUUUCUCGAUGAUCACCAUUUGACUCGGCCCCACCCUGAAAGAGUACCAUUCUUGGUUGCUGAAACACCAAGGGCACGUCAUACCCUCGAUGAAUUAAACCCACAGAAAUCCAAACACCAAGGUGUAAGGAAAGCAAAAUGGCAUUUGGGAAUCAGAAGUCAAAGUCGACCAAAUGAUAUCAUGGCAGAAGUAUGUAGAGCAAUUAAACAAUUGGAUUAUGAAUGGAAGGUUGUAAACCCAUAUUAUUUGCGUGUACGAAGGAUGAAUCCUGUGACAAGCACAUACUCCAAAAUGAGUCUGCAGUUAUACCAAGUGGAUAGUAGAACUUACUUAUUGGAUUUCCGUAGUAUUGAUGAUGAAAUUACAGAAGCCAAAUCUGGGACUGCUACUCCACAGAGAUCGGGAUCAGUUAGCAACUAUCGAUCUUGCCAAAGGAAUGAUUCAGAUGCUGAGGCUCAAGGAAAAUCCUCAGAAGUUUCUCUUACCUCAUCUGUGACCUCACUUGACUCUUCUCCUGUUGACUUAACUCCAAGACCUGGAAGUCACACAAUAGAAUUUUUUGAGAUGUGUGCAAAUCUAAUUAAAAUUCUUGCACAGUAAACCUAAAACUUUGCUUAUUUCUUUGAUAGCAAUAAGCAGACAUAAUAAAUCAUAGCCAAAUGCUUCCAUUUAUAAUCAAGUUAUACAUAAUUAUAACUGAGGAUUGGCAUUCUGAAACGCAAGUUACACAGGGAUUGGAAUGUGAUUAAUAGUUAAAAGCCUAAUGUGCAGAAAUGAAUUAAGAUCAUUUUGUUGUUCAUUAUUCAGAAGGCAUAUAGUGUAAUAUAAUAUGUACAAUGAAUUAUAGGUCUCUCAGGCUCACUUGAUUUUUGGCUAUUUUAUAUUUAGUGUACACAGGACUUUGAGAAUAUUAAUUUACCAUAAAGGCCUUCGUAUAUUAUUACAUGUUUAUGUGUUACAUAUUUGCUUCACAAAUUUGUUCAGUAAAUAUUUGCCUAGAAUUCCCAGAGACCUUUUAUAGGUGAUUUUGUUUUCUGGGCUUCUUAACUUCUUAAAUAGCUAGUAUCUUUCAACAGUAGUAACAGUCUGGAUAACUUCUUCCAUAUCCCCCUCUUAAAAUUCUGUAGUAUAUGUAAGUCAUAUCAGAUAUUAGACCCAAUUACAUUUUUUAAAAAUUUUUUAAUUCCAAAAACGUACAGAAUUCAUAUAUUCACAUACUCUAGGCACUAAGUUUAAUCUUACAAUUUGUCCCACUAUAUUCUGUACGUAAAGUGUUCUUUUUUUUUUACAAGAGCUGAGUUGUAUACACUGUAAAUAAAUAAUUGUUUUUGCCAAUUUCACAAAUUCCCCUGGCUCAUCAUGUCAGUCAGUAUUGAAUGUAUGCAAAAAUUUCUAUUCGAUUAUGUAUCUUUUAAAUUGAUUCAAUGCAUAGAAAGACCAUCUUUUAUAAACUUUAAAAGCUUGGUUAUUAUUUUUUCCCCCAAAUUCUAUUAUGAAUAUCUUUAAAAACAGAAAAAUUGAAAACUGUAGAGUGAUCACACAUGUAUCUACCAUUUAGAUUCAACAAUUAUUAACCCUUUGCUAUAUUUGCUUUUUCUAUAUAUGUAUAAAGAUAGUUAUGCAUAUAUAUGUGUGUAAUAUGUUUUUUCCUGAACCAUAAUGUCAGACACUUAUCACCCCCAUGUACUUCAAACAUCUCCUAAAAAUAAUGACAUUCUCCUAAAAAACCAUAUACCAUUACGAAAUUAAUAAUUCCCUAAUAUCUAAUACUCAGUCCAUAUUUAAAUUUCUCCAGUGAUCCUCCAAAUUUCUCUUAUAGCUGGUUAUUUCAAAUCAGGAUCCAAUUAAAGUUUUCA